GUAAGUUGACGUGUAUCUGUGCGCACGUAUGACACACUGCCGGCUAGGUACAGUCGGCACAGAUACGGAAUAAGCAACUCUUAUUAAAGCUAUCAAUAACAUACCUGGUUUUACACAUGGCUGGAGAAAUGUCCAUUAUAGGUUCUGUCAUCCUGGCUUUAUUUUUGGCAGGGUAUCUGGGACAGCAGUACUUGCCUCCUCCAAAGCCCAGGGUCAUCGGGUUAGAUCUUGGGACCACGUUCUGCUCCGUGGGAGUGUUUCAGCCUGGCACAGGGGACAUUGAAGUUAUUGGGGACGAGAAAGGACGCAAAAGCAUCCCUAGUGUGGUGUCAUUCACCACCACUGGCAUGUAUGCUGGACAUGAAGGCCAAGAAUUAUCAGACAUCAAUCCUCAAAACACUAUCUAUGAUGCCAAGAGAUUUAUAGGGAAGAUGUUUGACCGUGACACUUUAGAGCGAGAAAGUGCACGAUACCCAUUUAAAGUGAUUUUCAACAAUGAGAGUGCAGAAUUUUUAGUCUCUACAAACAGCACUUUCACGGUUUCUCCUGAAUUCAUUGGUUCCCGACUCCUACUGAAAAUGAGAAAGAUGGCUGAGAUGCAGCUUGGAAUUCCCAUUGAAAAAGCAGUUAUAUCCGUUCCGGCAGAUUUUGACGAGAAACAAAGAAACUACACCAUAAGAGCUGCUAACCUAGCAGGGCUGGACAUACUGCGAGUGAUCAACGAGCCCACGGCAGCAGCGAUGGCAUAUGGCCUGCAUAAGGCUGAAGUGUUUAAUGUGCUGGUGGUGGAUCUGGGAGGAGGAACGUUAGAUGUGUCACUUCUCAAUAAGCAGGGCGGCAUGUUCCUCACCAGAGCUAUGGCAGGUAAUAACAAGCUUGGAGGACAGGACUUCACCCAGCGUUUGUUGCAGUAUGCCAUCGAGCGAGUACGACAGCAGUAUGGUGUUCCCCCUACAUUUAAAGAAGACAUCCACCUUCUCCGACAGGCUGUGGAGGCCGCCAAGAUCAACCUGACUCAGGAGCCUCAUGUUCUUCUCAAAGUUCCUCUUCACCUGCAGACAACAGGAGUCAACGAAGAGCAAGAGGAAAAAGUUCUGUUCCAGGAGAAGCUGACACGUGAACUCUUUGAGGAUCUCAAUGCAGAUCUCUUUCAGAAAAUCCUGGCACCCAUUGAGACCGUUCUCAUUGAGGGCCAUUUAGAGAAAGGGGAGGUGGAUGAGAUUGUUCUGGUCGGAGGGUCCACAAGGAUCCCCCGCAUUAGACAGCUAAUUAGACAGUACUUUGGGAAGGAACCUAACACCUCUGUGGAUCCUGACCUGGCUGUAGUAACUGGGGUUGCCAUUCAGGCAGGCAUCAUGGGUGGCUCUUGGCCUCUGCAGGUUAGCGCUAUUGAAAUUCCAAACAGGCACCUUCGCAAGACCAACUUCAGCUGAUUGAUUCAGAGAUCUAAUCUGACUUUUGUCACAUGAGUGUUCUGUGCCAACAAACCAAAAACUGGUUAAACCGCAUGUGUUUUGUCUUUGCUUCUUCCAGUGCAUUAGCUUUGCAAUGAACCCCUGAUACCAGGCCAAACAUUAUGUUUACUGAAGCAUUUGUCUGGACUUAUUGGCCCAACGAAGCACAUGUCUGGACUUAUUUGCCCAACUCACAAUUUUAACAUUUUCUUAAGAUGUUGAGUAUUUAUUUAGUGAACGAUUAUAGUUUAUAACAUUUAGAAAAUGUUUUUUCUCCUGUUAUACUGAGCAAGUGUCUGCUUAAGACUUUGGUCACAAUGACUGUUGGUUCGUUUAUUGCUAUCUGUGUGCCAAACUGGUACUAACUGUGCAAUAAAGCUGCGUUCCAUUCAACUCAGAAUGUCGGAAUUUCCAACUUCCUAUAUGGAAAAGUGUAAAGGUGCAAUAGCAAAAUUGCAACACCACUUUAAAGUGUGUUCACCCAAAAAUGAAAAUUCUCAUGAUUUACUUACCUUUAAGCUACCCCAGAUGUGUAUGACUUUCCCUCUUUAGCAGAACCGAACUGAACAUUUUUAUAAGCAGAUUUCAGCUCAGUUUGUCCAUACAAUGCAUGUAAAUGGGUGCCAUCAGUCUGCUGGCUGUUUGAGAGUUUUUAUUUUUUACACAAACCUAUCGACUUGCUUCAGAAGAAAUUAAUUGAUCAACUGGAGUUGUGUGGAUUAUAUUUAUGCUGCCUAAAUAUGCCUUUUGGACCGUCAAACAGAUAGCAGCCUGAUGGCACCCGUUUACUUGCAUUAUAAGGACCUACAGAGUUUCAACAUUUUUCUAAAAAUCGUAAUUUGUGUUCUGCUGAAGAAGUCAUAUACAUCUGGGAUGGCUUUAAGGUAAGUAAAUCAUGAGGAUUUUCAUUUUUGGGUGAACUAACCCUUUAAGUUGGACUUGAAAUCCUCUAGAUACAUGACGUCAUGUCUACACCUAGGGCAAUGUACAAAGUUAAAGAUAAACGUUCACCUUUAAUCAAAUAAACCCCACAAUUGAGUCAAACUUCCUACAUUAAAUGAUUAUUAACCUUGUUAAGCUAGCGGUCGAAGAGAAAGUGUGUAAAAUAUGGAAAAUUAUACUCUUUUGAUAGUCUUACACUUGUAGGACAAAUACUAGUGUUUUGUAGUAUCGUUUAUCCUCUGUAAUUUGGUUUCUGUAGGAGACAAAGGUUUUGUAUUCUUAUACAUAAUCGGAGAUAUCAAGUUGGAAUAUCUCACAUUCGACUUUGAAUGGAACCCAAUCAGUUUUUGACAACUGGUUUUGACAUAUUUGAAUGACUUUGCAUUCAGAGAACAGCUGUUUGUAUAUAACUAUGACUAAUCAUUCCAGUAAUAUCUAUUUAUUUACCAAGGAUAGCUGUUUUCAGCUACCUGUUGUUUUCUGUCUACUGGAGAUUUGCUUGUCUUUUUAUCAUUUAAAUGAUUACAGCAGACCAUUCAUGGUUUUAUGGAUUAAAUCGUCUUUUUAUCAGUUUGUUUUCAGUACAGUGAAAUAAGAGCGCUGUGGUAAACUGUCACCUGCAACUGUUUUUAAUGCAAAUACCUUGAAGCUUAUGAUUCAUGACACAAGUUAAAAUGUAAACUUCAAACGGAAACUUAUAAGAAUAUAAUUGAAAAUAUUUAUAAUAUUACAGUCUGUACAAAAUGAAUGCAGUUCACCACACGGAACAAAAUAGAAAAGACCAAUAUUUUGCCUGAAAAGGCAAAUUUACUGAAACAAUUGUGUAGGUUUUAGUGCAGUCUAGAUGUAUUUUGUUUGCUCAACUGAGAAAAACUAAAAUAAAAGCUCAGUAUUAGAGCUGAAAUGGGGACAAAACACAUUAACAAAGUAAAUACAAAAAGGAGUACAGUACAAAUGUGAGAGCAAUUAAGAUACAUUAGGAUGACUACAGUGAACAUUUUGUGAAUGCAUAUCCAGACCUUUCCUGUAUUGGCAUGAGGGAUUGUCUUAUAAGAUUACAGUAUGUUUAUAUGAUAAUUCUAUUUUUACAGUCCUGUAUCAUUUCAUUUGUUGUGUCAAAGUUGCAUCAUUCACAGGACCAUUUCUGUGUCAUUAAAACAAAGUCUUUAUAUCUUUUGUGCCUUUUCCCAUACUUUGUUACUACACAAAGAAAAACACAAACUGUCAAAACGGCAGGGUUUCUUUUUAUUGACUGACCUCUGAAACAAAUCAAUACAAAAAAAAAACAUAAAACAUCAAACAGCACAAUCAUUCAGCCUCUGUCCACUGUAAACAAUGUCAAGUCUCACAUUAUGAUAUAUUAAUUCAGGGGUCAUGACCUCACCCAAUGGAAGCCCUGCACAAAAGUGUCAUUAUAUGAAAUUCUGUUAAAUAAACAAGAGGGUUGAGAAGAAAGACUAAAAUGACAAAUGUAACAGUUUUUUUUUUUUUUUAAA